AUGGCGAGGAAGAGUGCCGUAAGACAGCUGUCUGGGGAGGAAGACUCAUUCGUAGUGUCCACCCACACGACCAUCCGUGAAUUCAAGAGGCAGCUGCACGCGUGGCUUGCCUGCGAAGAUGAAUCCAAGCGCAACAUGAGCUCGGUUGAGGUGGUUGUUGGAGACAAACACCUAUUGAACAAAGAGGAGCUAGUGUCAGAGGCCAUUCCAGGUGCAGAAGUCCUAGCUUUCUUCAGCAUCCAGCCGGUAGUGUGCUCAAGCUUCCAAGCCUCCGGCUGCGAAGUGGAAGAUUUGUUGGUUGUGGAAAUUUCCGGAGACGUGAUUGCGAUUGAGGAUGAUGCCUUCAAAGGCUGCAGCUCAUUGGUAAGCGUGACCAUUUCCAACUCCGUCGCCUCUGUGCCUUUCAAGACUGCAGCUCAUUGGCAAGCGUGA